AGCAAGGAUCAAAUACCAUAGAAUGGGCUGGAAGAUUGAGGGACAGGCUACGGCGGCCGCUCCUCCAUCUUUACUUUGCUAAUGCUGCUGAGGAGCACUGCAAGCAACCAAAAAAACCGCCACUUGCGUGGCCACGCCCCGUCUAGUGGCGUCACUCUCGCGCCACUCGGCGCGUGCACGACUCACCUCGUUUGCUUCGCUCACCCGCGCCUCCGCCUCUAUCCUUCGGGUUCGCCGGACUCUAUCCUCUCGAGGGUUAGUGCGAGUCUUGAGAACGCGGACGCAAUCCCGGGCGCUCUGGGAAGCCGACUGCGGGUGCCAGUGGAGGCAGGAGCACACCGCUGUUUGGAAGUCCUCGGAGUGCGGCGCAGGGUUUAAUGCUUCAUCAAGGGAUAUUUUUACUUUUCUCUUGGGAAUCUGUUGAUCAUGAGAAACCUGAAGUUACUUCGGACCCUGGAGUUCAGGGAUAUUCAAGCUCCAGGGAGACCUCAGUGCUUCUGUCUUCGAAGUGAACAGAGUACAGUACUCAUUGGCUCAGAACAUGGACUGAUAGAAGUAGACCCCAUCAGAAGAGAAGUAAGUGAUGGAUGGAGAAUGCUACACUUGGGCACUAAACUGGAAUGUGUUGGGAGUGUGGCCAGUGGUAUCUCUGUCAUGAGUUGGAGUCCUGACCAAGAGCUGGUGCUCCUUGCCACAGGUCAGCAGACCCUGAUUAUGAUGACAAAAGACUUUGAGCCAAUCAUGGAGCAACAAAUCCAUCAGGAUGAUUUUGGUGAAAGCAAGUUUAUCACUGUUGGAUGGGGUAAGAAGGAGACACAGUUCCACGGAUCAGAAGGCAGGCAAGCAGCCUUUCAGGUGCAAAUGCACGAGUCUGCUUUGCCUUGGGAUGACCAUAGACCACAAGUUACCUGGCGUGGGGAUGGACAGUUUUUUGCUGUGAGUGUUGUUUGCCCAGAGACAGGGGCACGGAAGGUCAGAGUGUGGAACCGAGAGUUUGCUUUGCAGUCAACCAGUGAGCCUGUGGCAGGCUUGGGACCAGCUCUGGCGUGGAAACCCUCAGGCAGUUUGAUUGCAUCUACACAAGAUAAACCCAACCAGCAGGAUGUUGUGUUUUUUGAGAAAAAUGGCCUUCUUCAUGGACACUUUACACUUCCUUUUCUCAAAGAUGAGGUUAAGGUAAAUAACUUGCUCUGGAAUGCUGAUUCCUCUGUGCUUGCAGUUUGGCUAGAAGACCUUCAGAGAGAAGAAAAUUCCACUCUGAAAACCUAUGUUCAGCUCUGGACUGUUGGAAACUAUCACUGGUAUCUCAAACAAAGUCUGCCCUUCAGCACCUGUGGGAAGAGCAAGAUUGUGUCACUGAUGUGGGACCUGGUCACUCCAUACCGGCUGCAUGUUUUAUGUCAGGGCUGGCAUUAUCUUUGUUAUGACUGGCACUGGACAACUGAUCGGAGCUUGGGAGAUAAUUCAAGUGACCUGGCGAAUGUGGCUGUCAUUGAUGGAAAGAAGGUAUUGGUAACAGUCUUCAGGCAGACUGUGGUUCCACCUCCCAUGUGUACCUACCAAUUGCUGCUCCCCCAUCCUGUGAAUCAAGUCACGUUUUCUACAUACCCUGGAAAGAGUAAUGACCUUGCUGUCAUGGAUGCCAGUAACCAGAUUUCUAUAUAUAAGUGUGGUGAUAGUCCAAGUGUGGACCCUACAGUGAAACUGGGAGCUGUGGGUGGAAAUGGAUUUAAAGUUUCCCUUAGAACACCUCAUCUGGAAAAGAGAUACAAAAUCCAGUUUGAGAAUAGUGAAGAUCAAGAAGUAAACCCACUGAAGCUCAUCCUUCUCACCUGGAUUGCAGAAGACAUCUUCCUGGCCAUCAGCCACAGUCAGUCCGGGCCACAGUCUGUCAUUCACCAUUUGUCUGUGGCACCUUCUGAGAUGGAUGAAGAGCAAGGACGGCUCAAUGUCAGUUCUUCUGUGGCAGUGAAUGGGAUUAUAAUCAGUCUGUGCUGUAAUUCCAAGACCAAGUCAGUAGCAUUGCAGCUGGCUGAUGGCCAGAUACUUAAGUACCUUUGGGAGUCGCCCUCUCUGGCCAUUAAGCCAUGGAAGAACCCUGGUGGAUUUCCUCUUCAGUUUCCUUGUGCGUGCACACAGACAGAAUUGGCCAUGAUUGGAGGAGAGGAAUGUGUCCUUGGUCUAACUGACAGGUGUCGCUUUUUCAUCAAUGACACUGAGAUUGCAUCAAAUAUCACAUCAUUUGCAGUGUAUGAUGAAUUUUUAUUGCUGACAACCCAUUCCCAUACCUGUCAGUGUUUUUGCCUGAGAGAUGCUUCAUUUAAACUAUUACAGGCAGGUCUGAGCAGCAGUCAUGUUUCCAAUGGGGAGAUUAUGCGGAAGGUGGAAAGGGGCUCACGAAUUGUCACUGUUGUACCGCAGGACACAAAGCUUAUAUUACAGAUGCCAAGAGGAAACUUAGAAGUUGUUCAUCAUCGAGCCCUAGUUUUAGCUCAAAUUCGGAAGUGGCUGGACAGGCUUAUGUUUAAAGAAGCAUUUGAAUGCAUGAGAAAACUGAGAAUUAAUCUCAAUCUGAUUUAUGAUCAUAAUCCUAAGGUGUUUCUUGAAAAUGUGGAAACUUUCAUUAGACAGAUAGAAUCUGUAAAUUAUAUUAAUUUGUUUUUCACAGAAUUGAAGGAAGAAGAUGUCACAAAGACCAUGUACCCUCCUCCAGUUACCAGCAGUGUCCAGCUGUCCAGAGAGCCCCAUGAGAGAAAACUAGACCUUAUCUGCGAUGCUAUGAGAGCAGCCAUGGAGAACAUAAAUCCUCACAAGUACUGCCUGUCAAUACUCACAUCUCACAUCAAGAAAACAACCCCAGAACUGGAAAUAGUGCUACAGAAGGUACACGAGCUUCAAGGAAAUACUGCCUCUGUUCCUGACUCUGUGAGUGCGGAAGAGGCCUUGAAAUAUUUGCUGCUUCUGGUAGAUGUUAAUGAAUUAUAUGAUCAUUCUCUGGGGACCUACGACUUUGAUUUGGUGGUCAUGGUGGCUGAGAAGUCACAGAAGGAUCCCAAAGAAUAUCUUCCAUUUCUUAAUACACUUAAGAAAAUGGAAACUAAUUAUCAGCGGUUUACUAUAGACAAAUACUUGAAACGUUAUGAAAAAGCCAUUGGCCACCUCAGCAGAUGUGGACCUGAGUACUUCCCAGAAUGCUUAAACUUAAUAAAAGAUCAAAACUUAUAUAACGAAGCUCUGAAGUUAUAUCCACCAAAUUCACAGCAGUACAAGGAUAUCGGUGUUGCUUAUGGGGAACACCUGAUGCAGGAGUGCAUGUAUGAGCCAGCGGGGCUCAUGUUUGCCCGAUGCGGUGCCCAUGAGAAAGCUCUCUCAGCCUUUCUGACUUGUGGCAGCUGGAAGCAAGCCCUCUGCGUGGCAAGCCAGCUUAACUUGACCACAGAUCAGCUGGCUGGCCUUGCCAGAACUCUGGCAGGAAAACUGGUUGAGAAGAGGAAGCAUGUUGACGCAGCCAUAGUUUUGGAACAGUAUGCCCAGGAUUAUGAAGAAGCUGUACUCUUACUGUUAGAAGGAGCUGCCUGGGAAGAAGCUUUGAGGCUGGUAUACAAAUAUAACAGACUGGACAUUAUAGAAACCAACAUAAAGCCUUCCAUUUUAGAAGCCCAGAAAAAUUACAUGGUGUUUCUGGAUUCUCAGACAACCACAUUCAGUCGCCACAAGAAACGUUUAUUGGUGGUUCGAGAACUCAAGGAGCAAGCCCAGCAGGUGAAUCUGGAUGAUGAGGUGCUCCAUCGUCAAGAGUCAGACCUCUUCUCUGAAACUAGCAGCAUCGUGAGUGGCAGUGAGAUGAGUGGCAAAUACUCCCAAAGUAACUCCAGGAUAUCAGCGAGAUCAUCUAAGAAUCGUCGCAAAGCAGAGCGGAAGAAGCACAGCCUCAAAGAAGGGAGUCCACUAGAGGAUCUAGCCCUUCUAGAGGCACUGAAUGAAGUGGUGCAGAACACUGAAAAACUAAAAGAUGAAGUGUACCAUACCUUAAAGGUACUUUUUCUCUUUGAGUUUGAUGAGCAAGGAAGGGAAUUACAGAAGGCCUUUGAAGAUGCUCUGCAGUUAAUGGAAAAGUCACUUCCAGAAAUUUGGACUCCCACUGACCAGCAGAAUUCAGCCACACCUGUUCUAGGUCCCAAUUCUACUGCAAAUAGUAUCAUGGCCUCUUACCAACAACAGAAGACUUCGGUUCCUGUUCUUGAUUCUGAGCUUUUUAUACCGCCAAAAAUCGACACAAGAACCCAGUGGAAACUGAGCCUACUAGAGUGACUGACUGCAGCUAGGAUCGCUCCUGCUGAGACAACCAUUUUCUGCUCAGUCCUAGUUGUCCUUUCACUUUUUGCUCAUUGAGGCCCGCCUAUCAGGAACAGGACAGAAUAAGGUGAUGAUUCACCUUCGCAUUGCUGAGAGCUGCUAUGUGCCCUGGACUUCAGUGGAUACCAAGCAUUUCUAUUUUUCCUUUGUGUAUAUGUCUUAAUCAUUAGCAAAAUAUUAAACUUUAAUAUAGAAUCAUUUUGUGAGAA